UGAGCAUGCGCAGUCACAUACUGGUAGUCAGUGAGGGAAGUUUGAAAACUGGUACAACUUCAGAAAUGAUUUUUUGAGCGAGAACUUGAAGGGCUCAAAAGAACCUGCAAUGAGUUGGGCUGCAGAUGAAUGGAAGGAUGGCCUUCCUCCAGCAGCACUUCAAAAGAUAUCACAAAUUGAGGCACAGUUUGAGCGGUUGAAGAAAGACAGAGACCAAAAACAGUGUCAACUUGAAAGUAUUGAAGUGGUCUUGCAGAAUCAAAAGAAAAAAACUGAAGAAGAGAGAACAUUGUGUGCACAGCUAGAACGAGAGAACAAAAUGCUGUCUGAAACAUGUGAGGGGCUGCAAAAAAAGCAUAGCAAGCUUCAGCAAGAUUUGCAGAUUAAAGAAGGAGCAAUCCUCAAUCUUGAUAGUAAACUGUCACACUAUAAACAGAAGGAAGAAAAUGAAAAGGCUCAAGCAAGCCACAAUCUGUUGCGGUCUGACUUGGAGAAACUUGAGCAAGAGAAUAGACAGCUGUUGAAAGACAAACAGAAUCUAAUAGAACAGCUAGAGGCUGCCAAGAAAAUAUCACAACAAAGCAUAAAUGAUGUCAGUAUUAGGCAGGUGUCACCUACUUUAGAAGGCUGUCUUUUAUCGUCUAACGUGCCAGAAGAACGGAAACGGUGGAUGUCAUCAGACUGGAAGGAAGAUCUGUCACUUAAAGCUCAGCAGCACCUGACUCAGCUGGAACAACAGGUGGACAAGCUAAAGAGGGAGCGAGAUCAGCGGCAAUGUCAGCUGGACAGCCUGGAGCAAGCAUUUCAAAACCAAAAGAAAAAAACAGAGGAAGAAAAGACUCAUGCAUCUUCAUUGCAACGGGAGUUAAUAGUCCUCUCUGAAACCUGUGAAGAGCUGGAGCAAAAGAAGAGCAAACUUCAGCAUGAAGUGACCAACCGGGAAAACCAGAUUGCCUUUCUAUCAGCCCAGCUAAGUAGUGCAAAGUCUUCUCUUGAACAAGAACUUGUAAAGUCUCAGGAAGAACUUCAGAAGCUGAAGACAAACCAUGCUCAGCUAGAAAGAGAAGUACAAAGUUUACGACAGAGUAAUAAAGAACUGUCAGAUAAAAUGGCAGCUUCAAAAAUUACUCUUCAAUCACAUGAUUCAGAAACUCGCAGUCUCAGAAGCCAGCUGGAUGCUUCAGUUAAAGAAAAGGAAAAAAUUGGAAAUAUGCUGGAUAAUAAAGUAGCAGAGAAUAUCAGUUUGUCAGAAAUUGUGAACAACCUACAGAAUAAGCUACAGUAUCAGACUGAUUUGUGCAACACCCUGAAAGCAACUCUAAUGGAUAAAGACCUCCAAAUGGAGUCAACACUUGCUGACAAUGAUCACUUGAAAACUGUGGCUAAAGAGAAAGAUCUGCAGCUUUCAUCACUUCAAGCUGAACUUGAAACCCUAAAAUCCCAAUUCAAGAAAAGUACAGACACUAGCAACAGCCUUAUUACAUCACUAAAGGAAGAGCUAAGCAGAUUGACCAAAAUGACAGAGGAGCAAUUUACAGAAAAGGAGGAAAAGCUAGCAAUUCAGAUAGCUGAGUUGGACAAGGUGAAGAAGGAGCUGGAUAAGGUACGUCACUGCUAUACAGAACUCAAUAUCCAGAAUGAGCGCUUGCGCCACAGCAUACAAGAGAAAGAGAGGGAGAAUGCUAGCCUAAAGGAAACCUGCCGACAGCUGGAGGAAGACUGUGAAGCAUCAGCAGAAAGUGCCCGCAGGGGCUUAGAUGCCCACGCCUCAGAAGUAAAUAAUAUGCAGACAUCUUUGAAACAGCUGAAGGACGAUUUGGAGGAGUCUCAGAAGGCUUCUGAAUCUUUGCUUCAAGACUAUGUGAAAAUACAACAAGACUUCAGAUUAUUAAGUACAGAAAAGGGCACUAUGCAUGAAAAGGUGGAACAACUUGAAAGCAAACUGCAAGAAAGAGAGAAUGUGCUGUCCAUCACCCAAGAAAAAUGCAGAACACUUGAGAAGACUGUGACAGAGCUACUGGAAUCUCAGGCCAGAUCAGAUGAAGAACUAGAGAGAAUCCAGAAGGAGUUAGCAAGAAAAACGCAGAUUAUUACCGAAAAGGAUACACACUUGUCAGAUUCUCACUCUGCUUGGGAAAGAGCAGAAAAAGAACUACGAGCAGCAUUAGCAGAGAAAGAGAAUCAUCUUUUGGAAAUUGGAGGCAAACUGGAGCAGAUCAACACUGAAUUCACUCAGCUUUCUGCUGACCACCACCUCCUAAAGCAGCAGAAUCAAAGCAGUCAGAGUUUGCUGGCCAGCAGGCAGGAGCAAUGUUCGGAACUUCAGCUUCAGCUGGAUAAUCUAAACCUGGAACUGGCAAAUAACGGAGGCAAACUUAAACAAAAAGAAGAAGAGAACAAUGCCUUAAGGACAACUCUGUCUGAAAAAACCCAACAACUGCAGGCUGCUCUUACAGCCAAGACUGAAGAGGCUAAGAAUCUGCAAGCCAGCCUGGAUGGCAUUGUUAAGGAAUCAAGCCAGAAUUGCCAGGCUGUCCAAGAGAAAUAUGAGAAACUGGAGGCAACAUUACAGAAAGUGAAUGAACAGAAACUAAAGGCUGAAGAUAAAGCAGGUGAAUCUGAGAAGCAGAAGGAGGCUUUGAAGGCUGAGCUGCAGAGAGCUGUGGACUUGGGCCUGCAGAUGCAGGUUAAGCUGGAUAUGCUUCAGAUGGACCUAGAUGAUACCAAGAGCAUGGCUGAAGGACUGACUGAGCAGCUGACCCUUAAAACACAGGCUCUAAAUGACUUCAAAGCUGGGCUUCAGGAGAAAGAAAGGGCUUUACAAGAAUCACAAAUGCAGUUAAAGAAGACUGGUCAGGAGCUAGCAGAGUCCACAGAAUGCAUGGCAUCUUUGGAGGUUGAGGUACGAGAGAUGAAGUCUAAAUUUAAAGAACAAGAAAGAAUGCUGCAAGGCAAAGCUAUCUUGGCUGAAGAUUGGGCUACAAAGUGCAGAGCAGCCAGCGAGCAGAUGCAAGCCUUGCAACAGAAAGUGCAGGAAAAAGAGGAGGCAGAGGUAAAGAUGCAAGAGGAACUGAAGAAGCAUACCAGCCACAUAGUGGAACUUGAAGACAACCUGUCCAGUCUAAGGCAGACCUUAAAGACAAAGGAGACAGCCAUAGAAAACCUUCAAGAGGCAUGUUCACAGCAGGCAGAGAAGCUAGAAAGUACUACCACAACACUGAACCAGCACACGAGCACUGUGAAGGCUACACAGGAUCAAAUGGAGAAGCUGAUUUCAGAACUAGCUCAACAAAAGGAGCUGCAUCAGCUUGAUAAACAAGCGUUUGAGGCAGAGCUGGGAAGACUGAAUGGCAUUAGAGAAAAUCUGGAAGACAGGGUAGCCACUCUUGAGGGUGAAGUUGCUGAAAGAGAUCGCACAAUCUCUAAUAUUCAAAGUCAAACCAGUUCAAACACUGAGCAUUUACUUGCAGAGAGACAGGAACUUGUAGAAGAAAAGCAGUCCUUUCUACAGCAUCAGCAGCAUUUGGAGUCACAGCUGGAAGCAAAUACGAAAAUUGUUACAGACUUACAGUGCAAGCUGGGUGUGAGGAGCCAAGAACUAAGUGAAGUGCAGUUAAGGGUUAGCGAACUGCAGCAUCAACUCAGAGAGACUGAAGACUUAAAGGAUCAACUUGCCUCCAGGACUGAAGGACUGACUGUUGAUCUGCAGACAGAGCAGCAGGAACGUAAGAAGUUGCAGUGCAGCAUUGAAGCUCAUCUUAACAGGCUAUCUGUGCUUGAAGCAGAACUCAUGCAGACAAAUGGGCAGCUUGCACAGGCAGAGAAUGACCUUCGCAACAAAGACAGUGAAUGUACCAGGCUUUCUGAGCAGAUAGAGUCUCUUCAGAAGCAGUUGGUUGACAAGCAAGAAAAGAUGGAAGAUCUUGAAAGUGUCUCCAAGAGUAAAAUGAAGCAGUUGGAACAAAUAUCACAGACUGUGCUCCACGAAAAGGAUACUUUGAUCCUGGAAGCUGAAGUGCUAGGCAACCUGCUGAGGGAAAAGGCAUCUAUCUCUGAAGAACUUCAGAACAGACUUGAAAACCUGCAACACGAACAUUCAAGUGCAUUGGACAAGAUUAGCAUGCUUCAGAAGGACCUAGCAGUCUCUGAUAAAAAAAUUCAAAACCUUACCCAGGCAUUGGAAAAAGCGAGCGCAGAGAAGGGUCAGCUGCUAGAUGAGAAGGCUGCAUUGUGCACCAGUUUAGAAUCGGGGACAUGCAAGGUUCAGUCUUUAGAGGAACAAUUAAAACAGAACAGUGAUGCCUUGAAAGAGAGCAGAAAGAAGUUAGAGGAAAUUUAUGCUGCGAAUGAGUUGCUCUCAGAACAGAUGGCAUGUCUUCAGAAAGAGCUGCUUAGCAAGACAGAAGACUUCCAGAAUCUGGAAGCACAACUGACAAUAAGACGAGGUCAGUUUGAAAAUGAAAAGAGUGUGGAGCAAACAGAGAAGCAGAAGCUUCUGGGUAGUCUUGAUAAUUUACAGACUGAACUGACUGAGAAGGAUUCAACCAUUUUAGAUUUAAAAGGCAAAAUGGAAGUUCUAUUUCAGGAAAAGAGGGCUGCUGAAGAACACCUUCAGCAGUUGAAGUGUAAUCAAGAGGAGAGCAGAAUGCAAGCUAGUGAGUUGCUUGAACAGUUAGAAAGUUUAUCAGAGGAGAAAAUGGCACUGGUGCAAGAAACUGAGCAGCUGAAAUCCAACCAGCACUUGAGCCUGAUCACAAUUGCGUCCCUAAAGGAGCAGCUGACAUUGAAAGGCCAUGAGCUUAGCGAGGCUGGGGAAAGCUUGAUACAAACUCAGCUGACUGUGGACAAGCUUAACUCUCAGAUCAACCAGCUAGAAAACUCUAUGAGAGAGAAUUCUAUGCAAUACAGUGACAAAUUUCAUGAAAAAACUAGAAUGUUGGAAACCUAUGAGACUGAUAUUCAGAAGCUGAAGUCCUUGGUACAAGACAAAGAGACAGAGUUUCAAGAACUCACAUUGGAGAAGGAGUCAGCGGACGCACAAGUUGAGCAGCUUACCUCCAUGUUACAUGAGACACAAGCUUCAGUGAUGGAUCAGAAGCUGAAACUAGAGGCACAGGUCAAAUCUGCAGAAUCGUGUCAAAGAGAGCUGGCUUACCAGCUUGAGGAUGAGAGAGCUACAAUCAAAAAGUUAGAGAUGGAGGUGAGCGAGCUCAGAGAAUUAGGUGCAAAAUCUAGCCAGGAUUACGACCUGAGGCUUGAAACCAUGAAACAAGAGAAGAGUGAGCUGCUUGCUCAGCUAAGCUUUUUGCAGCAGCAGGUAGCCAAUUUGCAAGCCACACUUGCUGAAUUAGAGCAAAAGGGGGCUGAAGAUGAAAAACUUAUUGCCUAUUACACAAACAGAGAAGAGGAAGCAAGUGAAAUUUCAUGCAGCUGUUCAGAAAAAAGAGAGAAAGAGGUGCAGAUGGCAUCUGCCCAGCUUGAUUCGCUGGAGGCAGAAUACAGAACAGCUCAACAAAAUGCUGAAAACAUGCGGCAACAGCUAGAGCAGGAACUUGCAGAGCUGCAGCAGAGCCAUCAGAUUCUGAAAGAGACCAUGAGUCAUACAGCCACAGACAUUGAUGAGAUCAGACAAGAAAGGGAUGAAGCUGUAUCAGAGAAAGACUUGCUGUGUGAAAAACUGGAUUCUUUAACCUCUGCUCUGGAAUCAAAAACUUUAGAAGUUUGUCAAAUCAGCAACUCUCUUGAGCAGGAAAAAUUGCGUGUCAAGUCUCUAGAAGAUGAGAUAGAAGUUCUGAAGGAAAAGCAUAAGUGGGAUGUCUCAUGCAUGGCAGAUGAGAUUGAGAAACUCUCUGUUCAGCUUGAAGCUAGAGAGAAGGAAGUUUACACCCUGAAUGUCAGACUUACUGAGAUGAAAGAAAGUUUAGCUCUGGAGAACCAAGAAACUGUGAGAUUGGCAGGGGAAAAAUGUGCUACCCUUCAGGAUCUUGAGAAGCUCCAAGAGCAACUGGAUCAGAUUCAAGGACUGCUGCACAAAAAGGAAGCAGAUUUUGAGAUGAUCUCAAAGGAAAUUUUGGAUAUGGGGCUUCAAAAGUAAAGUGAAGAAGAACUUCUUCAGCUGAAGCAAGAUUUAGAAGCCUCACAGGCUUGUGUCCAAAAUCAAGAGGACAGAUUAUGCGAGAUCACAUCAGUCUUGUCAGAGUGUCAGGCUGACUUGAAAACAGUCACUUCAGAAAAAGUGCAGUUAGAAAAGCAUUUAAAAUCAAGCCAGUCUGAGGCAGAAGGAUUUCAAGCAAAGUACCUGGAAGUCUGUCAGGCAAACCAAAGGCAGUUGGAUGAAUUAUUAGAGGAGAAGCGUUACUUAGAACUUCACUUAAGUGAAGCCAUGUCAGAGCUUAGAUGUCAGCAGAGGAAUAAUGAAAUGUCACUAAAACGUAUGGAUGAUACUGAUGAUCAGGUCAAAAAGCUAAAUGACACCAUCGAAUGUCUGAAAAUGGACAUCAGAGAGAAGGAGCGAGAAGAGAAGGAUCUUAGGCAAAAUGUGGAGCAUUUGUCAGAGAGGUACUAUGAACUGGAUGCAGAAAAAGAUUCGCUCAGUCUAAAACUUUCUCAGGCUGAUGAAGAGAAUUUAAAGUGCAAAGAAGAGCUGGUUAAGCUUCAAGAGGUGCUUCAGUCCAAAACCCAAGAUGUGGCUGACAAUGAGACCAGAAUCAAAGACCUCCAAAAUCAGCUCCAGACAGCUUUUGUCCUGGAAAAUCAACUUAGAGAAGAGCUUGAGCAGCAAGCCAACAAGUUGAAAGCAACAAGUGAGGAAAGAGAGUUGCUGCAGCUAGAGCUAAAAGAAGAAAAGACUAAAGUGGAAGAUAAACACAGGAAAAAACAGGGGGAUGACAACAGGAUGCUAGAAGCUAAACUAAAGCAGAAGGAGGAAGAGCUGGAGGAGACUUUGGCUUGGCAUGAAGAGCUUAUGAGAGACAUAUGUGCUGAACGAGACUCAUUGAAGAACAAGACUUUCGAGCUUCAAGAAACUGUUUCAGCUUUGAAAAAAGAGAUAAGCGAGAAAAAUAUGGCAUUGUCAUCCCUUACUGAGCAGUUAAAUGACAUGAAGGAGCAGUUCAAGCUGAUGCAGUCAGAGAAUGAGAGACUUAGCACACACAGUGAGCAAUUAGCAGAAGAUCAAGAAACCAGAGUAAAUCAGAUGAAAAAUCAAAUAUCUUCCCUUGAGCAUCAGUGCAGAGUUUCUGAAGAGCAGAUAAAGAUUUUGGAAGACAAAUUACAGCAGCAGUUGCUGGUAGCGAAAGAAAUGGAGGUGGAGCUGAACAAAUCCAAACAAAAGCUCCAAGACCUACAAGAUGAUGUGAAGAAACUCCAGUCUGAAAGAGACUCUUUGAAGCACCAGCUGUCCUUUGUCUCACAGCAAGCUGAAGACCUGCACACAGAGCUGCAGCACACUUUCAAGUCCAGAUCUCAGGAUGAUGAGGAAUUCAUAAAUCAGAAGAGGGAUUUGAGCCACAAACUAGAUGAGUGCCAACAGCUGCUGGUGCAGAAAAAUGAGGAGAUUUGCCAGCUCAAGACUCGAGCUGGACAGCUGGAGGCACAGCUGCAAGAAGCUAACAAAGAGAGAGAGGACAUCAUGUCACAGCUGCUAGAGCUGAAGGACAGGGUUGAGGAGCUCUGUGUUGAAGGAUUGGCUGAGAAAGAACAGCUUUUGGGAGCAGAACAAAAAAGGGAGCAUCUCGAAAGCCAACUGAGCUACCUCACCUCACAGCUGAGUGACAAAACUCUGGAAAUCAACCAGCUUCUCACUGACAGAAUGGAUGGCACCAGUGCUCUGAAGGAUGCCUUGCAUGACAAGCAGGUGCUCAUUUCCAAGCUUGACGAGAAAGAAAGGGAACUUACUUGUGUGUGUGAGAAACUGGAAGAAGCAGAGGCAAGUCUACAGUUAACUGUCAAAUCUGAGGAAUUCAGUGCUUUGCAGCAGGCCCUAAAUGCCAGAAUACAGGAGUGCCAAAACUUUCAGCAGCAGCUAAGUAGUUUGGAAGAAGAGAAAAAGAAAAUAAUUACAGAGAAACAGAGCCUAGAAGCCCUGAACUCUGACCUGUCAGUUAAAAAGGCAUUUUUGGAACAGAACAUGGAGGAGAUGCAAGAGCAGCUAAAAACAAUAAAAGAAACUAUUGAGUCCUCCCCAGACAUAUACAAAAAUCAAGAGGCUUUAAAUCACAACCUAAAGGCCUCCUUAACAGAAACGGAAAGUAGCCUUACCGAAGCUACCAAAAAGAUUCAGGUGCUUGAAGCUGACAUCCAGGACAACUUGUCAACCAUUUCUCAGCUCCAAUUUCAGCUAAAAGACAUUCAAGAUCAGUUGAAAGUAGAGCAAGAUUCAGUCUGCCAGCAUAAAGAUGCCUUGGAAUCUCUUGAAUCUGAGGCUCAAACUCUAGAGAAAAAUAAUCUAUUGCUUGCAGCAGAAAAAUCAAGUCUGAAACAGAAAAUUGAGGAUCUCUCAAAGCAUGUUACUCAUCUGCAGGCUGAAGUGAGAAGCUUGAAUGCUACGAUAGACACGCUAGAAUCCUCUCAGCAGCGCUCAGUUGAAGAAUUGCAGCAGGAGAAACUCCAUCUAAAGUCCAAACUUGAUGCUCUGCAGGAAGACGUUGCAGAGAAGGAGAGUAUUAUCAUCGCCAUGUCUAGAAAGGAAACCUCGGUAACUCAAGAAAAUCAGCAGUUGAAAGGAGAAAUGGCUCGCCUUGAAAAAGCUAUCGCUGAGAUGCAGUCCGGCAUCUGUGCUGCAGAAGACAAGUCGGAUACUGCUGAGCAGCUGCUGAAAGAAAUGGAGGAAAAGCUGCAUUCUGUAAUGCAAGAGCUGAGCUGCAUGAAGAAGGACAAGGAUCGCUUGCAGCAGCAGGUUUUGGUUUUAGAGGAGCAACAGACUGCUUCAAUAACCUCAAAAACAGCACUGGAGCAGGAAAUCAAGGAAGCACGAACUGAAAUUGUGAGCUUGAAAAAAAAUCUGUCCACCAUUGAGAAUGAGUUGAAGGUGGCAAGACAUCAGUUGAAGAUGACAGAAAAUAAGCUGGAGCUCCACAAAAAUGUACAGGCCCAACUGGAGAGGCAGAAGCAGAUCGUUGAGAAACUAAGGGAAGAGGAAAAAAGCAGGGAGUCCAGAAUUAAAAUGUUGGAGACAGAGAAACAAGACCUCAUGCAGCAUUUUGCCCAGGCUGUGGAAACUGCCCAGCAAAUUGAGACAAAAAAUGCUUUGAAUGAGGAAAACCUGAAACAACGUUUGCAAGAGCUUGAGACAGAAAACCACUACUUACAAGAGUAUUCUGCUAAAGAGAAUCAGUUGCUGAAACAAGAAAAAGAUGCAGAACGAGCAGCUCUGCAGAAAAGGCUGGAAGAGGAACGUGAAAUCUAUGUCAGGCAGCUUGAGAUAGAAAAAAACAAGUUGGUAGCAGAGAAGGAGCUCCUUACACAAGAGCAAAAUAAACUCUUGAAGGAAAAAUUGGAAAUGCAACAGAAAAGAGAGCAGGAGAAGGCAGACUUGAAAAAAUCCCAACAAGAGCUUAAGCAUAAGACUCUACAGUCAGACCAGGAAGGGACAGGAAAUAUUCAGCAAAUCUCCAGGCCUGAGCACUCUAUAAAAGCAGAAGAAUCAGUGGAGAUGCUGAAGACACAGUUGGCAGAAAGCAGAAAUCAGGCUACUGCAUAUCUGGAGGACAAUAACAAACUGAGAGCAGAUAUUAUCAAGCACAGGCAGGAGAAAGAAAAUGCUGAACUCAGACUGGAGAGAUACAAGUAUCGAGAAAAGCUGCGGAUGGAAAAGGAAAAGAGUGCCGCUGUGGUAUCUUGUACAGAGACAGAUCCUAGUGGUGGAGAGUCUGCACCAAGGAACAAAGAAGGCACUGGUGAUGGCACCAGUGAAACGUUGCAUCAUAAUCCUGUAGUGGCCACCAGCACCAUGCCAAAAGAGUCAACACCCUAUAAAGCAGUGGAAAAGAAUUGUGAUACUAUCGACCAGACAUCUGGCACAAUAACUGAUCGCUAUGUGACUGCCAUCACCAAGGCUAUUACAGUCACACAGGCAACACUUUCACGGAGCAUGAUUAACAGCACAUCUCUAAAGCACACAGUUUUGUCAUCCCAGUCUAGAGUAGGUGUUCGAACUUCACCCAGGUUAGCAGCAGCUGUAGCUUUGUCACAAAAUGUGUUAUCAUCAUCAUCAGGAGCUCCUGACACUAGUUUAACAAGCAUCCCAUCGCUUGGAAAAAAGAAAAGGUUAUCGCCAUGUAUUUCAGAAAAGAAAGAUGUGGCAGAACUGUUUUUUAAAGAGUCGCACUUAAGUGUUUGUGAUGGUGACAGACUGCCUGAUCUGUUUUGCUCAUCUGAGAACGGGCCAGAUUCAAAACUUUCAGUGGACAGCAAGAGCACUUCUAAACCAAGCUCCCUGGGCCUACCAGCAAGGGCAGCAGCACCUACAACAGGAGAGAGGACAGAACAGCACUCAAGACAGGAUGAUAAAGAGGCUGUUAAAAAAUUGCAGGCAUCCCCAGAAGGUAUGAUGACUCGCCGAAGGAGUUCCCUUAAUAAACGGAAGCCGUCAGCCCUGAUUGACAGUAACAGUCCUGUGUGCAAACAACCCAGAAUCAUUGAGACAGAUACAUCUGUGCCCAGUUCUCAGUUAGCAAAACCUGGAGUACGUCCUCUGCGUAGUUCAAGAUUAAGAGCUCCAUCAACCUUAGCUAAAUCAAGUCUUCCUACAGCACUACCAAGGAAAGCAGACACAAUGUCAUCUACUUCAGCAACGGUCGUGUCAAGUAACGAAGUGAAUACAGAAGUCACAAGGAAUACCAUAUCCAGUUCUGCCGUUAGCAGCGACAGCAGCAGCACCCGUGGUAAAAGUCACCAUGUUCUUGGAACCAUUACCAAUUCCCCUAAGAAACCUAAUGUGCGAGGACUUCGCAAGAUUCCUGCACCCUCUAAACCUCACUUUUCUCCAGAAAUACCCAAAGCAAUAAAUGUGAGCAGAGCAUCCAAACAACGGGCAGAUCGUAACAAUACUACAGCAGUUAAUGACUGCAAACAAUCUUAAGUCACAGACUGGCCUUGAAACAGGAUAUAAUUGUAUGGGAUCUUUGUGUGUGUAUAUAUAUAUACACAUGUUCUUCCUACUAAUCAUAUGUAUUGUGUGCAUACUGUUUAAUGUUUAAUUCUUAAACCAUUUUCCAAAGUAACAUUAAUGAAAGACUCAAGCAGAAUGUAUUCUAAGCAGAAUGUUUGAUGCAAAAUACUACAACCUAAUGUGCAAAAUUUGUUUAUAAAAUGCAAAGGUUGCAUUUUUUUUUAAGCUUGUUCAUUAUUUGAAAAAGCAGUUUUUCCAUUUAACGGUUUUAUUGCUGACAUUUAUUACACAAGAUAAAGGUAAAAGAGUUACAAUGUGACCCUGAAAAAGAAGGGGGGAAAAAUUAAGAAAUGUAUCCACUGAUACUAAAGAUUACAGGAAAUGUAAGAUUUGGUCGCUAGAGGCACAAGUAACUUUUUAAAAUUAUUGACUUUGUAGAUCACCUGCCUCAAAAGAAAUUUAUGGCCUGAGGUGAUCUGCUGCUUUCUGUUACUUGAAAAUGCUUUUUUGCAUUUCAUUUGUGCGGAUUGAAGCUUUAAGUUAAUUACCUUUAUAUUUUUAAAUGUCAAAAUUUGUUUCAAUGAAAUAAGUUUUUACUGAUGUCAAGAAAAAAAUGCAAUUUUCAUUCUUAAAUCUCAUUACAUAUGUCAAAAAUGUCUUUUUUUUUUAUUAUGUAGUUUCCAUUGGUUUCAAACAAAAAUAUAAAAAAUAAAGACACAUUUUGCAUGAAUGCUUAUCACACAGACACAUUAUGGACUUGGAAAGAACUCUGGAACAUCAAAAAUACAAAACUUUAGUUGGAGAUGCUUUACAGAAUUGCUAUUCGUGUCAUUUAUAAAGUGAUUCAGUGAUGUUUUCUUUUCCAUUCUCUUUACAGUCCUUUGUCUUCCAUUCUCUUUACAGUCCUUUGUCCUCCUUCAUGUAAAAAUCAUAAUUCUGUUUUGACUUAACGUAAUUAAAAAUGUUUCCUGCAAUAUAUGA